UUUAAAAAUGUGUCAAAUGGUGGAAAAAUAAAUUAAAACUCUUCGAUGGUGAAGAUAUCUCAACAUUGCUAAUAAUUCCAAUAUAUUUUUGGUUUUAUGGACCAUCCCAUAUGCAGUCUUCUGCAUGAAGAACGCAUGAAGAAUCAUCACAUGGGAAUCAGUAUGACCAAAUCAUUGUUAUAUGUCAUCAUCACUAGCUCUCCUUGACUGCUUCAAGACCUUGACUACGUCUCUUCUAACCACUCCCUUUGCCACUAUAAAUUACUAACCAGAGUGCAGCAGGCAAGAACCACUCUCAGUAUUUCCAAGACUAGCUAGCUUAAUGACAGUGUUAAAUAAUCUCCUUGUUCUGCUUUGUGUUUUUCUCUCAUUUGCUUCCAUUUCUAAUAACAACUUCUUCACUCAAGCUUGUUUUAGUACUAAUCAUGGUGAUGCUGCUCUCCAAAUCGGUGCUUACUACCAUACUUGCCCUGAUGUUGAACGUAUCAUUUACUCAAAGGUUGAGGAAGCUGUGAUGAACGAACCACGAAUGGCUGCUUCGCUUCUUCGUCUCCAUUUCCAUGAUUGUUUUGUUAAUGGUUGCGAUGCUUCUGUGUUGUUAGAUGAUACAAGUACGUUUGUUGGAGAAAAGACUGCACUACCCAACUUGAAUUCUCUGAGAGGGUUUGAUGUGGUUGAUGCAAUAAAAUCUGAACUUGAAUCUGUGUGCCCGGAGACUGUUUCAUGCGCUGACAUUCUCGCCACUGCUGCACGAGACUCCGUUGUUCUGUCUGGUGGACCGGGAUGGGAUGUUCUGAUGGGUAGAAAGGACAGCUUGAGUGCUAGCAAAACAGAUGCAAAUAACAACAUUCCAGCUCCAAAUUCAGAUCUGAACACCCUCAUCACCAAAUUCCAGAAUGUUGGCCUUGACUACACUGACAUGGUUGCUCUGUCAGGUGCACACACCAUCGGUCAAGCUAGGUGCUCGUCAUUCAGCUCUUCUCUUCAGGGUCGUAGCAGCAGUAGCUCUGAUGGACCAGCCCUCGACCUACAAUUUGUAGCAUCAUUGAAGCAGCUUUGCUCCAACGCUGAAAGCAACAACAGUGCAACUCUAACAGCUCUGGACCUGGCAACGCCAGAAACAUUUGAUAAUCAGUACUUCAUAAACCUUGUCUCCGGUGAGGCACUUCUGCCUUCUGAUCAAGUGCUCGCUGCUGGGAAUAGUCCAACUCUCGAGAUAGUGGAGUCAUAUGCAAUCGACCCACUGGCUUUCUUUGAGGACUUCAAACAGUCUAUGUUAAGGAUGGGAAGCUUGAGUCCACUUACCGGCGCAAAUGGCCAGAUCCGUCCGAACUGUAGGGUCACCAACUAAUAGGCUGUUAUGAUUAAGAAUACCAUUUUAUUGUUGCUAGUUCAUGAUGGUGUAAGUUUGAAUCGGUUGUGUUAACAACCGUUAUCAGCAUUAUUAUUAUCUAUUAAUGGACAAUGGUUAUCUUGUUAGUUUGCUCAA